CCCACCAGAGAAAUGACGGGAUCCCUAACGGCAAGGCUCGUCCUUCGUCGGUCUUUACCGCCGACUCGAUUAUUCUUUAGCCGGGGAGUUUCUCUUCCGGCGACGGAGAAGACGAAGGAUGCCGUCCCCGCCGUGCCAGAAUUACCGGCGUUCGAUUACACUCCGCCGGCGUAUUCCGGUCCCUCCGGCGAUGAUAUCCUCGCGAAGCGCAGGGAGUACCUCAGCCCUUCCAUCCUCCACUUCUACAAGACUCCGCUGAACGUGGUGGAGGGGAGGAGGCAAUACCUGUUCGACGAUAAAGGAAGGAGGUACCUCGAUGGGUUCGGGGGGAUUGCUACGGUGGGUUGCGGGCACUGCCAUCCUGAUGUGGUCGCAGCCGUCGUGGAACAAACGAAGCGGUUACAGCACUCAACGGUUCUAUAUCUGAACCAUGCCGUCGCAGAUUUUGCUGAGGCUUUGGCUUCUAAGCUUCCCGGUAAUCUUAAGGUGGCGUUUUUUACAAAUUCUGGAACGGAAGCAAACGAAUUGGCGAUACUGAUAGCAAGGUUGUACACCGGCUGCCAUGACAUUAUAUCUCUAAGGAAUUCUUACCAUGGUAAUGCAGCUGGAACGAUGGGAGCCACAGCUCAAAGCAUCUGGAAAUUUAAUGUUGUACAGAGUGGUGUUCAUCAUGCGGUAAAUCCAGACCCUUAUAGAGGUCUUUUCGGUUCUGAUGGUGAGAAGUAUGCAAGAGAUGUCGAAGAGAUCAUUAGUUUCGGAACUUCAGGAAAUGUUGCUGCUUUCAUAUCUGAAGCUAUACAGGGAGUGGGGGGCAUCGUUGAAUUGGCUCCAGGUUACUUGCCUGCUGCUUACAGUAGUGUUAGAAAAGCUGGAGGUCUUUGUAUUGCUGACGAGGUUCAGGCUGGGUUUGCUCGCACUGGAUCUCAUUUCUGGGGAUUUGAGGCCCAAGGUGUUGUACCUGACAUAGUAACAAUGGCAAAGGGCAUUGGAAAUGGCAUUCCUCUUGGUGCUGUUGUAACAACUCCUGAGAUUGCAAAGGCCUUGACUCACCGAAGUUACUUUAACACCUUUGGUGGGAAUCCUGUCAGCACUGCUGCAGGAUUGGCUGUUUUAAGAGUAAUAGAGAAAGAGAAGCUUCAAGAAAAUGCUCAUGUAGUGGGCUCCUAUUUGAAAAAUAGGCUUAAUGAGCUAAAGGACAAAUAUGAAUUAAUUGGUGAUGUGAGAGGAAGAGGUAUGCUGCUUGGAGUUGAACUUGUCACUGAUCGCCAACAUAAAACACCAGCAAAGAAUGAAACCCUGCAUGUGAUGGACCAAAUGAAAGAAUUAGGAGUGCUGAUUGGAAAGGGUGGCUAUUAUGGAAAUGUGUUCAGAAUUACACCUCCCCUUUGUUUUACCAAAGAAGAUGCAGAUUUCCUCGUGGAUGCUAUGGACUAUACUUUGUCUAGAAUGUGAUGCUUGAAUAAGAUCCUAGUGUAGAUAAACGUCUACUUUAUUUUUAUCGUG